GUAGAGGAACAUGUUGAGACGUUUACAAACUGCGAAAUCAUCCAACAUCGUACAACGCCGUUACACUACAAACACAAACUGGAAGGGCUGAGUGCAGCGUGGGUGCCCAGGGAUAGGCCGUCUGAGGCUGGGGAGCAGAGUGGCCGGUCCCCCCCGGUUAUGAACCACACCGAGGGAGGCCUGGUCAUCUUCAGCGCCAACUCACACCCCUCCUCCAGGGAGAUCAGCAAGAGGAUAGGAGAGCGUCUGGGGGUGGAGCUUGGGAAGGUGCAGGUGUACCAGGAAGACAACAGAGGUGAGACGCGUGUGCAGAUCCAGGAGUCGGUUCGAGGCAAAGAUGUCUUCAUCAUCCAGACAGUGUCUAAGGACGUGAACACUACCAUCAUGGAGUUGUUGAUCAUGGUGUAUGCGUGCAGGACUUCCUGUGCCAGGAGUAUCACCGGGGUGAUCCCCUACUUCCCUUACAGUAAACAGUGUAAGAUGAGGAAGAGAGGGUCUAUCGUCUCCAAGCUGCUGGCCUCCAUGAUGUGUAAAGCAGGUCUGACCCAUCUCAUCACUAUGGAUCUUCAUCAGAAGGAGAUUCAGGGCUUCUUCAACAUCCCAGUAGACAACCUGAGAGCUUCUCCCUUCCUACUGCAGUACAUACAGGAGGAGAUUCCUGACUAUAGAAACGCAGUGAUAGUGGCCAAAUCUCCAGCCUCAGCCAAAAGGGCCCAGUCCUUUGCAGAGAGGUUGCGUCUGGGUAUUGCGGUGAUCCAUGGAGAGGCCCAGGAUGCAGAGUCAGACCUGGUGGAUGGAAGACACUCUCCUCCUACUGUCAAGAUACCACUGUUGAUCCCUAAAGAGAAGCCUCCCAUCACAGUGGUAGGAGACGUCGGAGGACGCAUCGCCAUCAUAGUGGAUGACAUCAUCGAUGACGUGGACAGUUUCGUGGCGGCCGCGCAGACGUUGAAGAAGCACGGAGCGUACAAGAUAUUCGUCAUGGCGACGCACGGCAUCCUCUCCUCCGAUGCACCGAAACUCAUAGAGGAAUCUGCCAUCGACAAGGUGGUGGUAACCAACACUAUUCCUCAUGAGCAUCAGAAGCUGCAGUGUGUUAAGAUCCAGACGGUGGACAUCAGCCUGAUCCUCUCUGAAGCCAUCAGACGAAUCUACAACGGAGAGAGCAUGUCCUACCUGUUCAGACACAUCGGACUGGAGGACUGAACACACACACACACACACACCCACACACACACACACACACACACACACACACACACACACACACACACACACACACACACACACACACACACACACACACACACACCCCCCCACACAAUAAUAAUGUUACAAUAAUAAUGUUACAAUAAUAAUGUUACAAUAAUAACAUAAUGUUACAAUAAUAAUGUUACAAUAAUAAUGUUACAAUAAUAAUGUUACAAUAAUAAUGUUACAAUAAUAACAUAAUGUUACAAUAAUAAUGUUACAAUAAUAAUGUUACAAUAAUAAUGUUACAAUAACAAUGUUACAAUAAUAACAUAAUGUUACAAUAAUAAUGUUACAAUAAUAAUGUUACAAUAAUAAUGUUACAAUAAUAAUGUUACAAUAAUAAUGUUACAAUAAU